UAUCGCGGAAGUAAACAAGAAGGAGCUCGAGAGGAUUUAAAGCUGCGUCACAAAGUUUUUCAUCGUGGUUCAGAGAGUCUUAAAGUCUCGAGAAGUUCGUGUUUUCUACCUGAAGUUUGGUUCGAUUUGCUUCAGAUCAGAGUCUGCGGUGUACCUGUUAACUGGAGCACAAUGUCGGUUACAGUGAAGGCCUACCUGCUUGGAAAAGAUGAGUCGACGAAAGAGGUCCGGAGGUUCGCGGUCGAUCAAGACGUUUCUUGCAGCUUCGAGUAUCUGAGCAGGAAAACCGCGGAUGUGUUUAAUAACCUGAACAACGGCUUUAGCAUGUACUACAGAGAUGAAGAUGGAGACCUGGUGGCAUUUUCCUCUGAUGAUGAACUGAUGAUGGGUCUUGCCUGCAUGAAGGACAGCACCUUCCGUGUCUUCAUCAAAGAAAAGAAGGAGCAUCGUCGAGACUUCCCUCUUCAUGCUUUCCCUCCAUUCAUGUUUGGCCACCCUCCUCCCCCUGGACCUCAACAUGGCCCACCUCCUCACAUGGGCCCACCUCCUCACAUGGGCCCGCCCCCUGUGCUACACCCCAGUGUCACCUGUGACGGCUGUGAUGGUCCCGUGGUGGGAACUCGCUUCAAGUGCUCGGUUUGUCCGAAUUACGACCUGUGCUCCACCUGCCAGGCCCAAGGGAAGCACACUGAGCAUGCUCUGCUGCCCAUCUGGCACCCAAUGCAGCAGUGGUUUCCUCGGGGUAAGUGGAUGAAGAGGCUGAGACACUGCAUGUGGAACAUGAACCAGAACCCUGCUCAGAACCUGAGCCAGGACCAGGACCAGGACCAGGACCAACAAAGACCCUUUAGACCUGCUGCUGAUAACAGCACCCCCUCUGACUCUCAGGCUAACGUGGACUUCCUGAAGAACAUCGGAGAGGGUGUGGCCGCCAUGUUGAGCCCACUGGGUAUUGACGUGGACAUCGAUGUGGAGCACGAGGGUCAGAGGACCAAGGUGACCCCUCCCUCUCAGAGUGGGGGAGGUGAGGGAGAUGUUGAGACAGAUGGGACCAGUGCUGGGGGUGGAGCGAGCAGUGUGGGUGAAACCAAAGAGGGGUCAAAGGUAUGUAGAGACUCUGAUGAAGAGUGGACUCACCUGAGCCCCAGGGAAGUCGACCCCUCCACCGGAGAGCUGCAGUCCCUCCAGCCUGGGGAUGAGCAUCAAGACCAGACCCAGGGCCCGCCAUCUGGACCACAAGGCCCGCCAUCUGGACCGCAAGGCCCACCGUCUGGCCCGCAGGUCCCACCGUCUGGACCGCAGGUCCCACCGCCUGGACCGCAGAGCCCACCGCCUGGACCGCAGGGUCCCACAGGUCUGAGGGAGGCAGCUCUGUACCCGCAUCUGCCCCAAGAGGCAGACCCUCGCCUGGUGGAGUCUCUGUCUCUCAUGCUGUCGAUGGGCUUCACUGAUGAAGGUGGCUGGUUGACUCGUCUGCUUCAGGCCAAAAACUUCGAUAUUGGCGCUGCACUUGAUGCCAUCCAGUACGCGAAAGAGAACCGCCCACGCAAGCCCUGAUGACAUCAGCAUGAUGCAUCUGAUGACAUCAUCAUCUUACCAUCAUUAUUAUAACAAAUGAAAUCUAACCUUGAUUUAAACUACAGUCAGAUAUUCCUGCUUCCUGUAACAAGUGUAUAAUCUGUAAUCUGGUGACUGUCCCUAAUCAAUACUUUGUCUCAUAAUUCAAUCACUUUAACUCAUUGAUUAUGGUUUCUCAUCUUUAUUUUCGUUUCAUAUUGCUGUUUUGGUUUAAUCUGAACAAUAAAAACAUGAAGAACUGAA